GAAGUUGAAGAAAUACAGCGCCCGUGUCCAAAUAUAACACGAAUUUGCCUAUGUUUUAACUUACAGGUGUACCUUUUUGGUACACGUGAUAUUUUUUUUUGUCAAUUUCUCACUGUCUGCAGAUACCAUUGCUUUAGUCUGCUUGAUACAUCAUCAUGGAUAUUUCGACACCUCCAGAAGACCAAGAGCUGAGAAAUGUCAUCGACAAACUGGCUCAGUUUGUUGCUCGCAAUGGUCCCGAAUUUGAAAAGAUGACGAUGGAGAAACAAAAGGAUAAUCAUAAAUUUUCUUUCCUAUUCGGGGGAGAGUUCUUUGGAUACUACAAGUACAAACUCGCCAUUGAACAGCAACAGCAUUCUUCCACACACGAGUGUGACGAGUAUAAAUUGGAAGUGAUGUGCAAACCACCUGGGAAGGAGAUCCCAGACGUGCCCCCGCCUAUAACCAUGCUGCCUCCGCCGCCCAUCCCUCCGGCCACCCCUGCAGUGGACGACCUGAUCCAGCAGAGCACGUGGAACCUGCAGCAACAGGAGCAGCACCUCAACACACUCAGACAGGAGCAAGUGACUGCGGCCAUUACUUUAGCAAUGGAGCAGCAGACACAGAAGCUGCUUGCUGACACUCAGCUGGAUGUUGGGGAGUUUGACAGCCUUCUACAGCCGAUCAUCGACACCUGCACAAAAGAUGCCAUCUCCGCUGGUAAAAACUGGAUGUUCAAUAACGCCAAGUCCCCUCCACACUGCGAGCUAAUGUGCUCCCACCUCCGCAAUCGCAUCACGGCAGAGAUGGCCCACUUCGAGCUGCGCCUCCACCUCAUCUACCUGACCAAUGACGUCCUCCAUCAUUGUCAGAGGAAGCAGCAGCGAGAUCUACUGGCUGCGAUUCAGAAGGUGGUGGUGCCCAUCUACUGCACAAGCUUCCUGGCGGUGGAGGAGGACAAACAGCAGAAAAUUACACGGUUACUGCAGCUGUGGGAGAAGAACGGCUAUUUUGAUGACAUCACCAUCCAGCAGCUCAAAAACCCAGCUGUGGGGCUGGGUCAGUACCAGGCGUCGCUCAUCACGGAGUACGCCGCCGUGGUGCAGCCCGUCCAGCUGGCCUUCCAGCAGCAGAUCCAGACGCUCAAGACGCAGCACGACGAGUUCAUCGCCAACCUCAAGCAGCAGCAGACGGUUGCCGUGGCAGCGGCCGCCGCAGCAGUCGGCCAGCUGGCGCCAGCGGACGGGGAAGUGAAGUCACAAGGAGCGCCGCUGUCCUCCCAGCCAGGUGACCCACUCAGACUAACGGAGGGGUUUUACACAGGUGAGGGUAAGCCCCCUAUGGCGGGCCCACCUCCAGGAGAUUAUGACGGUACUCCCACCCGACUCCCAGACUCCUCCAAUCCCAGCGGCCCCUCGGACAUCCCAUCCUCCAAGCCCGGCUGGUUCGAACCCCAGCACAACAUGCCAGCCUGGAACCCCCAGCAGCCCCCUCCCUUCGACCCCACUCAGGCCCCCCCGCCAUGUCCUCCGUGGAAUAGCCACGAGGGCAUGUGGAACGAGCAGAGGGACCCCAGCUGGAGUGGCCCUCGCGACGGCGGAGGUGGCGGCGGCGGCGGUGGUGGCGGCCCGUGGAGUGGCCAGUCGGAGCCCCCUCCCUCCUGGAGCGGCCAGUACGACCAGCCGCCCUGGAGCAACCAGCCGGAUCAGCCCCCCUGGGGCCAGAGGGAGCCCCCGUUCAGGAUGCAGCGGCCGCCGCACUUCCGAGGCCCCUUCCCGCCGCACCAGCAGCCGCCGCCCUUCAACCAGCCCCCUCCCCCGCACAACUUUGGCCGUUUCCCGCCGCGGUUCAUGCAGGAUGACUUCCCGCCACGUCACCACUUUGAUAGACCCCCGUACCCCCCACACCGCUUUGACUACCCUCAAGGAGACUUCCCAGGAGACAUCGGGCCGCCGCCUCAUCACCACCCGAGUCAGAGGAUUCCGCCUCCAGGAAUGGCCGAGCAUCCGCCGUGGGGCGGCAACCAGCACCCGGACUUCGGUCCCCCGCCCCACGGCUUCAACGGCCAGUCACCCCACAUGAGACGCCCGGCUCCCGCACACGUCAGCCAGGACGACCCCAGUCUGGUACCCAACGUCCCCUACUUCGACCUGCCAGCAGGCCUGAUGGCUCCGUUAGUUAAGCUAGAAGACCAUGACUACAAGGCUCUGGAUCCCAAAGACAUCCGCCUCCCACCACCCAUGCCUCCCAGUGAGCGGCUACUGGCUGCAGUGGAGGCCUUCUACAGCCCCCCGUCGCACGACAGACCCAGAAACAGUGAGGGGUGGGAACAAAAUGGCCUUUAUGAGUUCUUCAGAGCGAAGAUGAGGGCACGGCGGAAAAAGGAACAGGAGAAACGCAACAGCAUGCGAGCCAGCCGUUCCCGCAGUCGCUCUCGCAGCAGGGGGCGGUCUUCGUCACGUUCUAGUUCUAGGUCUUCCAAGUCUUCGCGGUCCUAUUCCAGGUCCAGGUCUCGGUCCCGUUCCAGAUCCUACUCUCGGUCCAGAUCCAGAAGCAGGAGCCGAUCACGGUCGUCACGCAGUCGCUCGCGGUCCCGAUCUCGCUCCAGGUCACCGGACAAGAAACGCCACGAAAAGUCUCGCAGCCCUACUCCCCCCUCAACGUCUGGGCUGGGUACGGGGUCAUCUGUGCCCAUUGACCUGCGGCUUGGAGAGGAGAACAAGGGACACCAGAUGCUCAUGAAGAUGGGCUGGAGUGGAUCUGGAGGACUUGGAGCCAAAGAGCAGGGCAUCCAAGACCCCAUCAAAGGUGGAGAUGUGCGGGACAGGUGGGACCAGUACAAGGGUGUCGGGGUAUCGCUGGACGACCCUUAUGAGAACUACCGCAGGAACAAAAGCUACAAUUUUGUGGCCCGUAUGAAAGCCAGAGAAGAGGUGAACCGGGAACCGCCGGAGCCUGCACCAGCAGAAUGAUGAAAAUCGACAAUUUAAAACCCCAUCCAUUUUUUUUUUAAGAAACCUGAACACUGGUUAUGGCUGUCAUUCUUGAAUGUCCUCCCUUUCUUGCUCUUGUACUGAAUGACAAGGAACUUGUGUAAAAAAAAAUCAGACUUUUGUGUUGUAGUGUUCUGUUUUCUAGUUAAAAGCUGUAGUGGAAAGAAGGCAUUUUAAACCCAUGUAUUCACAUCAGGAUUUCACUCCAGUAAUUCCACAAAACGAAAAAUAAAAAAAAAUAUUUUUAAAAUCAUGGAUCAUAUUGUGUUGCCAGUUGUUCACAGGAAUUAAACAUUGAAAUUGAAAAUACACGAGUUUAUAAUAAAACCUUUUAAUGGCACAAA